AUGCUAUCAAAUGCUCCUAAAAACAAUCAAUUGACUUCAUCUACCAUUCAAAGGCAUAUAAUUGAAGCUUGUGGAAAGGAAACUAGCAAAGUCAUUUUGAAUGAGAUAGGAGACAAGUUCUUUUCUCUUUUGCUUGAUGAGGCCCGAGAUAGUUCUAUGAAAGAGCAAAUGGUUGUGGUUUUGAGAUUUGUGAAUGAUGUAGGAGAAAUUGUUGAACGCUUUGUUGGAGUGGUUCAUGUAAUCGAGACUUCUACACAGUGUUUAAAGAAUGUUGUUGAUGAAUUCUUUGCGAUGAAUGGGUUGCCACUGUCAAGACUUAGAGGUCAAGGUUUUGAUGGAGCUUCUAAUAUGCGUGGCGAGCUCAAUGGAUCGAAAGCACUCAUUCUAAAUGAAAACAAGCAUGCGCAUUAUAUUCAUUGUUUUGCUCACCAACUCCAGUUAGUUGUUGUGUCUGCUGCAAAGGAAAAUCAUGAUGUGAGUCAAUUCUUUGAUUAUGUUUCUAUGAUUGUGAACAUGGUUGGAAGUUCAUGUAAAAGGCAUGAUGCUCUUCGGCAAGCACACCAUGAUAAAGUUUUGCAAAAACUACAAAGUGGUGAGAUUUCAAAAGGGCAGGGUCAAAAUCAAGAAAUAAGCUUAGCUCGACCAGGAGUGACGGAUCCUUUAUCAAAGAUUCUAAAAGCCAAAGAUCAAAACAUAGCCACUGCUAUUCGUAUGGUUGAAGCAUUGAAAUGCAAGUUACACGCAUAUAGAGAAAAUGGUGGGGAAAAUUUGUUGAAGGAAACCACUGAAUUCUGUCUAAAGCAUAAAAUUAAAGUACCAAGCAUGGACAAAAUUAUCGAAAGCCGUCGUAUUACACUUGUUGAUGGAGAACCAAUGACUUAUAUUCAUCAUUUCCGUGUGGAAAUCUUUGCAAAGUUAAUUUAUGAGGUUGCUGAAGAAUUGAACAAUCGUUUUAAUGAGGCAAACACUAAUUUGCUUAAGGGUGUAUUGAGUCUUGAUCCUUCCAACAACUUUGCUCAUUUUGAUCAUCAUAAAAUACUCCAUCUUGCUAGAUUAUACUCUAAAGAUUUCUCUACUGCUGAGCUAGCUGAGCUUCACUACCAACUUGAACUCUACAUUGAUGCUAUAAGAGGGGAUCUAGAUUUCUAUAAUCUUGUUGAUGUUGGAGCUCUUGCAAUAAAGAUGGUGAAGCAUAAAUAUCAUAUUUGUUUUCCUUUGGUGUAUCGACUCAUUGAGCUAGCAUUGGUGUUACCAGUUGCCACAGCUACUAUUGAGAGAUGUUUUUUAGCAAUGAAUGUUGUGAAGACCGAUUUGCGCAACUGA